GCUGUUUGGAUUUUAUUUAUGAUUUUGUUGGUUUGUGUUUUAUUUUUCAAUCUGUCAGUCUGUUUCGUAAUUUUUCCUUAAGAACGGGAAGGGAAGAACAGGUGUACGUGUUUGGUCAAUCACCUUUCUUCCUCACCCAAAAUUCAAAUCCUAAACCAAAAAAAUAAAAAAUUACGCAUUCCCUUCUUCUUCAUUGUCUGUUUCUUUCUCUCAGAAACCCAGCGGGCUCCCUUCAUCCAAAUAGACAGAAGAGGAAGAGAAGAAACUUCCAUUGCUAAAUUCUAGGUGUUCUUUUCUUGUGUGUGUGUGUUUUGUUUCAUCGAUCAAUCUCCUGUUCGGCUACUUGGAUAUUCGUUUCCGUCGACGAGGAUUGCAGAGAGGGAAGAGGGAAAAAGACAAGAAAUACACGGUAGAAUGUCGGCAUUGGACCCUUCCGAUUCUUUUCUCUUAUCUCUCAGCAGAGCAUUUUGUAGUCCUCUUGCUGUUUUUAUUCAGAUCCAGGUACAUGGCUUUAAAGACAUAUUUUAAGCAGCAGGAUGCCAUGCCUAUUCCAGUCGUCAAUUACCAUGAAAACUCAGCUAUAUUUAUAUGUACCUACAUUUUUUCCUUCACAGGAGAAGAGAGAACAAUAGAAUAAAAGAUGGCAUGAAGGGUGGCAACAGCUUUUCUUUUCUAUGCCAUGAUAUUAAUGAACUUGAGCACUCUAAUCAAGUCAAUCUACCAAGAGUUUCGAUUGUGAUGCCUUUAAAGGGUUUUGGAGAACAUAAUCUACACAAUUGGAAGAGUCAGAUCACAUCUCUUUAUGGUGGUCCUACGGAGUUCCUUUUUGUGGUGGAAAGUACUGAAGAUCCCGCUUACCAUGCUGUAAUUAAGUUAUUAGCAGACUUUAAGGAUGUCGUUGAUGCAAAAGUCAUUGUAGCUGGUUUAUCAACAACGUGUAGUCAGAAGAUACAUAACCAGCUGGUUGGGGUGGAGAAAAUGCAUAAAGAUUCCAAGUAUGUAUUAUUUUUGGAUGAUGAUGUUAGGCUCCACCCAGGAUCAAUUGGGGUCCUCACUACUGAGAUGGAAAAGAAUCCCGAGAUAUUUAUUCAAACUGGAUAUCCUCUCGAUUUACCGUCUGGAACUUUAGGGAGUUACUGCAUCUAUGAAUACCAUAUGCCUUGUUCAAUGGGAUUUGCUACUGGUGGGAAAACAUUUUUUCUUUGGGGAGGGUGCAUGAUGAUGCAUGCUGAUGAUUUUAGACAUGACAACUAUGGUGUGGCCUCAGGACUUCGAGAUGGUGGAUACUCUGAUGAUAUGACUCUAGCUGCUAUAGCUGGAGCCCACAAGAGGCUUAUUACAUCUCCUCCAGUUGCCGUUUUCCCUCAUCCUCUUGCAAGCGAUCUUACUUUCUCAAGGUACUGGAAUUACUUGAGAAAGCAGACAUUUGUUUUGGAAUCAUAUAUAAGCACAGUUAAUUGGUUAAUGAAUAGAGCACUGUUUUCUACCCACUGCUAUUUGUCAUGGGGAUUUGUUGCUCCAUACUUCAUGGCUACGGUUCAUGUUGCAGCAGCAUUACAAAUCUAUAUGAAGGGUUAUUCAUACGGGGAAACAACCUGUACUACUGGUGCGAACUGUGUUUGCACAGGUUUGUUAUUGGCGAGUUGGCUAGCUAUUUGUACCUUUGCGGAGCUAUUAUCUAUGUGGAACUUAACAAGGAUUGAAGUUCAACUAUGCAACACGUUAUCUCCAGAGGCUCCUAAGCUCUCACUUGAUUAUUACAACUGGAGCAUGAUAUUUGUCGCAAUGCUAGUUGAUAACUUUUUAUACCCGAUCUCUGCUUUACGGUCGCAUCUCUGUCAAUCUAUCAAUUGGUCUGGUAUUCGGUAUCGCUUGAAGAAUGGAAAGAUAGACAAGAUUGAAAGGAAAAAAGAUAAGGGUCCAAAGUUCACAGACCUUGGGGGUAAGCAUUUAUAUGGGAAGAAAGUAGCCACCCCCAAAUCCUCCCUCCUCGGCUCUUUGGGGAGAAGUUUUGCUCACUGGCAUCAACCCAAAAAAUAUGAUGUCUAGACUCUAGAGAUUCGAUUAUUUGGCGAUUCUCUGACUUCUCCCUGUAAUUUAGGGUUCAUCAUCAUUAUUAUUUGUCUCAAAAUUCAAUCGAUUUAUUCUUAAUUUAUCAACCCUUCGUUGGGGUUGGUCUUGUAAUUUGAAUUGAUUUCUCCCUGUAAUUUUAUAAAUUCCUUAUACGCA